GUCACAAAAUUUACAUCAAAGCUUCGCCAUAUUUGUUAAAAAAUUUCAUAUGUUUACAUUUUUCUGUUUCUCAAUCUCAAUCUCACACACAUCUAUUCAUCCUUUGGCAAGGUGGUGCAUUCGAAAGAAAAAGUUACAAUUUCUCAGAGUGCAUAUCAUUAAAUAAAAAUUUAAUAAAUUACCACCAAAAUUCACUCAAUUUAUAGUCGGUUGAAAAUCUAUUAAAAUUGCUACCGCCACAAUGUCCCGUAGUGUACGCGCUGAGACACGAAGUCGUGCCAAAGACGACAUCAAGCGUGUAAUGCAAGCCGUCGAUAAGGUUCGGCAUUGGGAAAAGAAAUGGGUUACAAUCGGUGAUACAACGAUGAAAAUUUACAAAUGGGUGCCAAUAUCGAAUAGCGAAAAGAAAAAAGUCCACCACCAUUCGCACCAUUCGAAUUCCAAAGACAAGGAGAACACGUCCCAGAAGAGCACACCGCCCCAAAUAACCCCCAGCUAUACCGGAGGCCUCACUGCGGAGGAUUCAAACACUUGUUUCUCAAUGGUGAGUGAUUCGCAAGGUGCCACCGAGUUCGUCUCAAGUAUGCCAUUCUCCGAAGACUCGAACUCUCAAGGCAGCGAUGGACCUGUGAAACGCUUGAAGACGAGCGACUAAGCCCAACACACCCAACUCACUUCGCUCAAUUCUCCACCACACCACCAUCCUCUUGUCGUCCUCGUCUCUGUAAAUGUUAAGUUAAAUAAGUUAAGUAAUUAUUGCUAAUGUAACUGCCGUACGAUUACGCGAAAACGAUAACACCUAUUCGCCCUCGUGGUCGUGGGUCAGUCACUAUUUUUUAUUUUCUUAGGUUCUCCCUUAAGUUUGAUGGUCAUAAGGGUUUGGUUGUAAAAAUAAAAACAAAACAAUUAAUUAAGUAAAAUUUUUGAAAGACAGUUGAAUAAUAAUUAGAAAAAGCAUUAGUAGUGAAACUGAAGAUACAUAAAUAAAUAUUUAUUAAACAAUUAAAAACAACUCAUUUUAAAAAUAAAUCAAUAUAAAAAAUUAGUGACAAAUAAUAUUUAAAAAAAAAAUUAAAAACGAAAACAAAAUAAAUAAAAGCUUGAAAGUUAUUUUUAGAUUUUAAUCAACUAGCCACAUUCAAAGAGAAGAUUUAUAUUUCAAAAAAUAAUUAUUAUAUUACAUUCUCACUUAAUUAUGCGAAAGAAAGUUGUAUUCAUUAUAUACAUAAAUAUAUAUAUUUUUUUUCAACAUAUUUGUCUUAGGUUCAUAAAAUUCUAUUUUCUUCAUUCGUACUGACGCAGCUCUGUAUUAUUAUUACUAUUUUCUUUUAAUAAUAUUGCAUAAGUGUUAUUAAGAACUGUACAGUUAAAAAAAAUUAUUUGUAGUGCGUUUUCCUAUUUAUAAAUACAAUUAUAUAUAUAAAUUAAAAAUGAAUUGAAUCAUAAAUAAAUUACGUAAUGAAUUUCA